ACUUGAAGUUCAACGGAGUUCUCAACAUCACCACUCUGACAUAGAAACCAAAGAAAACCCCCCAAAACUCUCAUUUCUUCCCCCAAAAUCAAAUCUUGACAAUCACCCAUCUCAUUUCUCCACACCAAAAUCAAAUCUUUCCCGCUCUCCACACCCCAAAAUCCAAUCUUUACACCCAGAAUGUCCGCCGGAAUCAUGACCCGGUUCAAAGAAGCCGGCCAAUCGGCCAUGUCCGCCCACCGCCCCUGGUCCGAAUUCUUCGACCUCUCCGCCCUCAGCCUCCCCCCAAACUCCUCCGAAUCCACGACCCGGCUCCUCCAGAACUUGACCCAUUUCCGGUCAAACUACGCCAUGGCCGUCUUGGUCGUCCUCUUCCUCAGCCUCGUCUACCACCCUCUCUCCCUCCUCGUCUUCCUCGCCGUCUUCGCCGCCUGGGUCCUCCUCUACUUCUCCCGCGAGGACGACUUGGAGGUCUUCGGGCUCCCGGUCCCGGAGCGGGUCGUGAUGGCGGUUCUGGGAGUGGUGACGGUGGUGGCGCUGGUGCUGACGCACGUGUGGCUAAACGUCGUCGUUUCCGGGGCGGUUGGGGUCGUUUUGGUUGGGGUUCAUGCGGUGUUUAGGGGCACGGAGGAUCUUGUGAUGGAGGAUAAGGAGUCGCCUUAUGGGGCUCUGCUUUCGGAGGAUGAUCCUGAUUCGCAUGGGAACUACACCAUUAUGUGAAAAUGGUACCUUGGUUGGAUGCAGUCAUGCAGAUAUACUUUUAAUGAACAAAUUUCUGACGUUAGCUUCUGGAGUCUGCGACUGUGUAGACAUCUUUCUCAGAUUUGUUUGCCUAUUCAAUCAUGUUCGUUUUUAGUGCUAUAGGCAGAAACUUGUAUAUACCAUUGUUCUCUCAUGGCAAAUCGUAAAUGUGGAGCAAACAGGACACAUUGCAACUGCAAUUUUGUAGUGAUCAUGUCUGCGGUGCUAAUAUUCUUAAGUGGUGUAUGCCUUGAUUGCUAUCUGAUUUUAAUGGAAAUUUAAGAAAAGUCGUCAGUUUGUGUGAA